AUGGCCAACACAAGCGACCACGGCGUGGCCGAGACGGCGUUCGACGCCAUCCGUUGCAAGAUAUCUGCCGUCAACCAAGGCUAUUUCCACGAUCCAUUUGCCUGUCACUUCGACAAAAAGGCGACUCGCCGCAUCCCACUGAUUCACCGCGGGUACUACCUCCGCCACAUUGCCGUGGAACGCGCCGUGUCGUUGUUUCUCCAAGCAGCCACCGACCACCACGGCGAUGGCCGUCCGGUGCAAAUUGUAUCGCUUGGCGCAGGCUUCGACACGCUUUUCUUCCGCCUCGCCGGUAAAACCGACACCGGCCACCCGCCUGUGCGCAUGUUUGAGGUGGACUGCGAAUCCAUUUCGAGUCAAAAGGUGGCUCUGUUGAAGGCAUCCCCCUCAACGUUCUUUGGGGCCAACGGUCAAGUCACCGCCACCGACACGACCACGUUAGCAGCCACCGUGCGUCACGACAACGGCAACACGUCCACGUAUGUCGCGUUUGCGUGUGACUUGGGCAACGUGACGUUGCUGGCCCGUCACUUGGCAGCCCACGGGUUGGACCCGACGCUGCCGACGCUCGUGCUUGCGGAAUGUGUGUUGGCGUACUUGACGCCGGAGGCAUCCACGUCCCUGCUGCGUUGGGCCGCGGAGGCGGUGGCCGAGUGCAUGUUUGUUGCAUACGACCCCAUUGGACUGACCGACUCGUCGACAUUUGGGGUGCAAUUGCAACAGUACUUUGACAAUAAAGGGUGUGCAUUGCGAUCCGCGUCGAUCAUGCCGUCCGUGCAAGGCUACGCCCGACUCCUUCGACACGUGGGCUGGCGCUGCAUCCGCCUCGGCCACAUGAACGCCAUCUAUGACGCCCUCACGACCUCCACCGAGCGGCGCCGGGUGAAUACCCUUGAGCCGUUUGACGAACUCGAGGAUUGGGUCCUGACCAACCACCAUUAUGGCGUGCUCGUAGCGUCCAACAACAUGAACGGCCCUGCGGCUGCCACGUCAUCGUUGCAAGCGGUGCUGGCGUGGCCGUCCACUGUCGCCGGCAGCUCCACGUCAUACCACCAAUCACCAGACUCUGCAAUAGUCACGAUUCGGGCGUUCGAACAAGGAGACGAACGGGACGUCCGCUACCUUUUUGAAACAGGCCACUUGCCCACGUCGUCCAAGUCCGUGAGGAAAUUGGUGGCCAAGGCGCUGCAGUCGGACAUGGCCAACAUCAGCCAAGUGUACCUAGGGCCGCUCUCGGGGUUUUGGGUAGCUACUGUCCACGACAGUAGUGCUAGUACUACUACUAGUACUCUUCCAAAGGUCGUGGGGUGCGUGGGUCUGAAACCCCAUCACGGGACGGUGGCCGAGUUGUGCCGUCUCGGCGUUGCAUCGGACAUGCGACGGCAUGGCAUUGCGUCGAAAUUGGUGGACGCGUUGGAGCAGCAUGCAUUUGAUGCGUGCGGAUAUACGUCCAUCGUGCUCGACACCCUCGGCACGAUGGAAGCGGCGAAGGCGUUCUACGUCCACAGGGGGUACGCUCAUGCGGGGUCGGCAACGGUGGGCAACGAAGGCUUAGUGAUUGAGACCUUUGAGAAACGGCGAGGUCGUACAGUGGACUAGACACAAUGAUACGGAGUUAGUUGUGAUGUAUUACAGUCGUUUUCCAGCGUGGUGUUGUCUACAGGUCUAAUCCUAUGUGGUGAUGACGUUUAUGACCGUCGUCUUGGUUGGAUGCGGUGGAGGACGAAGGCGGACGGAGCUUUGGCGACCGCCAACUCGAUUCGGGAAACCGACGGCGCCAAAUCGUAGACUCGUGUUGCUGGUGUGCCGACAGGAUGUCCAUGUGCAGUGCAGUAGGAAUCGUGUGCUGAUGAUGGUGCUGCGACGACUGCUCCAUUGAGUCGUCGUCAUGCUGCGGAUGAUGGAGCGACGACCGUUUUCUUCGCGGAUCGUCGGUGAAAUGCGCUUGGGCAUGUACCCCAUGUCGCAACCUGUCGCGCUCUCGUCGGUGGACGUCAUUUGCAUCUGCAAGGUUGAGCUGGUUGUUGGUCGCACUUGCCAUGCUGUGCAGGCCGUGGUGGUGGCUCGACAGCAUCGACUUGGAUCUUGUUUUUCUGACUGGC